GACCGGACCGGACUUGUUGCGAUAAUGGUGUCGCUUAAGCUCCAGAAGCGGCUUGCCGCAUCCGUACUCAAGUGCGGAAAGGGCAAGAUCUGGCUCGACCCCAACGAGGUGAACGAGAUCUCUCUCGCCAACUCUCGCCAGAACAUCCGGAAGUUGGUGAAGGAUGGACUGGUCAUCCGGUUGCCGCAGGUUGUGCACUCCCGCGCCCGAGUCAACUUGCGCCACGAGGCCAAGAAGAAGGGCAGGCACACCGGCCCCGGUAAGCGCAGGGGUACCGCCAACGCCCGGCUCCCCUUCAAGCUGAUCUGGCAGCGCCGCAUGCGUAUCCUCCGCCGUAUGCUUCGCAAGUACCGCGAGGCGAAGAAGAUCGACAAGCACCUCUACCACGAGCUCUACCUGGGAUGCAAGGGUAACCAGUUCAAGAACAAGCGUGUUCUGAUGGAGGCGAUCCACAAGAAGAAGGGCGAGACCGCGCGUAUCAAGGCGCUCAAGGAGCAGGCAGAGGCGCGCAAGCUCAAGGCGAAGCAGAAGAACGAGCGCAAGGAGGACCGCAAAAAGGCGGCCGCCGAGGCUCGCGCUGCGGAAGUCUCCGCCUAACUCUAGCGUCUAGUCGUCGACGACAACGGCAGCAGCAGCAGCAAUGUCGACGACCCUUGACGGCAGAAGUCUUUGCUUGCACACAAUCGAUGAGGAGGAUACUGCUUUCCCGCUCUGUUGUUCCCUCGGUGUCCUUCAUUUGACGGCAAUUGGUGCUGGCGCCAGUAGCGAGUGGAUGAGGGGGGGUGGGGCGGGAGGGACGGGGAUUGCUGAACCUCCGCCCUCGUGUUUUUCUCGGAGAUGUGGCUUGUUUUGUCUGCCUCGAGGUCGAGCUGCAACGAUGAUGGUCCCAUCCUAAAAACAUAUCAAUGAAAACAGAAAUGAACGCGACAUGCCGUGUUUUCUCGAAACGCAAACCGCUUGUGGCGCUUUGCGAAAGUGCUGGGCGCAUAACCUGGCCAGGCCGCGCGGUUUCGUCCUGAACGGUCGCUACCAAGUUGUCAAAUGAGCAUAUGAAUACGAUAACCGAGAUUCACUCCGAGCAAGGCAACACAAGAUUUGCAGCGCAACAUAUAGGUGAUUUGUGUGCAUCAAGCGAAGACACUGGGCACUCGGUUGGAUAGAUCGAACAGAAAGGAACACUGCUGUUGUGCGUCGUU